CAGUGAACUACGGGUUUCCAUGCACGUAAUGUUGUUGUUCUCGUCGUUAAUGCUAUGUUGUUUGUCUGCCGUAGUCGAAUUCUGUGAACCUUGUAUGUCGCGGCGUGUCGCUUUUCUCGACGGAAAACGAAGCGCCCGUCGUGCACGGAUCAUGGACACGAGCAGAUGCUGCUUGCAAUGCUAACAAUGUGUGACUGAUUAUUAAUCGAUUCAGCAUGUCAUUUACCAACGAGCUAAAUAUUUAUGGAGGAAUGAUGGCUGAAGGGAUGGUUAUGAAGGCCAGUCUUAUGGAAGAACAAUCUGAACAAUGUUUGACAUUGAUAAAGCAAGAGCAUGUUGCAGAUAAACUGGUAAUAGGCGAAGAAAUAGUUGUAGGUACAAAUGGAUAUUUACCAGACAAAGUUGAUAACCAGACUGAUGCAACUGUUUACUUUGAACAGAAUUUAGAGGACAGUAAAAUAUCUAUUAAAUAUGAGGAAAUAAGUUCUGCUCCGUUAACAGAGAAUUUGAUUUCUGAGAACUGGGAGUGUGAAGAUGUCGGCGCAGCAUCUCCUUUAAAGGAAAACGAGCUCGAUGGCGAAGAAGAUGAGGAGACGAUUGCCACUUUUAUCACUGCUAAGGGUGAACAAUUGGCUCUCUAUGCUGUAGAGAAUUUUGAUGAAAUGUUUGCAGUUGCUGUUUACGAUGAAUCUGGCAAGCCACCAAACGAUUUUCAGUUUCUCACCAAAACGGACGUUGAACGGCUGAUAAACGAAGGAGCCGUGCAAACAGUGAAAAAGCCGACACAAAUGAAGAGACGACUGGUGACCACUCAGCCGCAGCUGUUUUAUCACAAGGAAGAUUUUGAGGGGUUGAGCGAGCAGGCGGAGGACAAAGCGUCAAUUCUCAACACAAUUGACAGCGAGAAGAGCGCUAGACAGGAAGAAAACUGCACGAUAGAACAAGAUUAUCAAUCGCAUCAGAACUUCAACUCUCUCGAAAUUAAUUCCACAUCCAACGAUCUUCUUUACAGCACCGCCGAUACGCAGUCGAACAUCACGUAUCUCAUGAUGGAUGACGAUUCUGCGAAUAUUGCUGAUGUAGGCGAUGGAGAAAAUCGUGAAUUGAAUGAGAGCGAAGACAAUCGCGUAUCUGAGAGCGAACUGAUGGAGCAAUCGACCGUACAAUAUAUCUUUUUCGAGGACGAGCAGCAGUCGGACUCGGAGCUGACGUUUGACGAGAUCCAGACGACGUUGCAGAAUCUAAAGACUUCACGCGAGAAGGUGUCGGAAAAGGAAAAAUCCGAGCAGGACAUCCAUUCAUCAGACACUAUCAAGCAAGACGCAAUUUUGCAUGAUUCUACGCCGCUGAAAUCGUUGAACAAGAACUUUUCCUCCGUCAUUGUCUUCUGUGACCAACAAUUUGACGCGCGUUUCCCCACAGACGAUAAAUUCGAGAACGAGCGGCAACGACUGAUCGACACAUUAACCGAUUCACCGCCGCCGCCGCCACUGCCGUCGUCGUCGUCGUCGUCGUUGACGUCGUUGUCGUCCACUCUACAGCUGAAAGUCAAGCGGUCGCGUAAGCAGCAACUAAUAUUAGUGAAUCGGGACGAUGGCGAGAUCAUCUUCCAACCGCCGUUGCUGCAGAAUGAGGACGAAAUGAUCGGCAAGAAACGCGGUAAACAGCGGCGCCGCACACCGUCUCAGAUGCGAAGAGGAUUUAUAGACGCGAAGAGGAUGAAGCGUACGAGGCAGCGAGAGGUGGAGGUGAUCGAACUGGACGUCGACGAGGAGGAGCAGCAGGCGAAGCGCAAUAUAGUGGAGAUCACUCUGGACGACAGCACGGACAAAUAUUCCAGUGAUAAAGAAAACGAUAUCAUCAUGGUGAGGGACUCGGAUUCCGAUAACGGUGACGACGAAAGGGAAGAGGAAGAGGAGGACAGGCUGUCGUCGAAGCUGAGCCGCUUGAUGCGAUGCGAGCAUUGCUCAAGGAACUUCCGACAGCGACGCGCUCUCGAGACACAUCUCAGAGUAUGCCAGAAGUCUCCAGAAAAUGCUCUGAGGCUCAACGACGAAAAGGGCAAAGUGCAAAUGGACAAGCAAUACCCCUGCAAGAUUUGUCAGGAAAAGUUUGACGUGGUGGUCGCGCUGGCGCGUCACGUUCGCGUGGCUCAUUCGCUGAGGAAGAAACACAAAUUACGCUUUGUCUCACCAAAGACUCCAAACAAAUCCUUAGGGUCAGUUCAGAAGGAGACGUCUUCGACGGAAGAGGAGGAACUGGCCCAUCGCGGCGAUACGGCAAAGAGGGAGCUCAGUAUGCUUGCCAGGGUGAAGAGAAAACGAAGAAAGAGGAGCAAUUAUACGUGGGAGAAGAAUAAUCUCACUUGUACGGAUUGCGGGAAAUUGUUUCUUAGUACGACUCUGCUGAACGCGCACGUUUUGCAGCAUGGUACCAAGAAAUCCGAGCAACGGUUGCGCAAGUGUCACAUUUGCCAACAGCUCAUCAGGUCUAAAUUUUUGUUCUUACGGCACUUGAGGAUGCACAGUGAAACGCAGUCCAGCUCUGAUAAUAAUUUGAAGUUACUGCAGCGCAAGCUGCGAGCUCGGUCGAAUCCUCACAAGAUCGCGGUAUCCCGAAAACGCGGUCGACCGAGGAAAUUUUGAUUUUUUCUUGCGCAUAAGCGACAUGUAUAAUAUUGUACACAUAUUUCUUUUAUCAAAUGUAUCUUAUGUUUCUUUUUCCAAACGACUCAAAGUAAGUAUUCGUAAAACGUCAAUGUAAAUAGUACGUUAUACCAUAAAGUUUACAUUGUUUAUUGUCCAUUUUCGAAACUAACUUGUUAAAAACUCGGGGAAAAAUUUAAUGCAAAUUAAACAUGGAUCUCUGUAAAUAAGAGAAAAUAAUUCUAUCAGCGAUCCAGUUUGUAUAUAUAUCAAUCGAUUAAAUAUAUUGAUAACAGGACGCGACAUUGUAUACAGACAUUGUGACAUAUUAUCGAUUGUGUAUUUGCUUUUAUUUUCUUGUCCACAGCAAUAAAAUGCAAAUAAAAAUAGCCUGAUUUCA